CUCACGUGCCCCAGUUGGCAUUAAGAUUUGGUGCCAGUUGUCGUUCUCUCUGCAAUAGUGGAUGUGCUUGUGUUUGCCCAGCCUUACACGCAGAAGAUUAUAAAAAACACAAAGAUUAGACAAUAAAGAGGAAGAGGAGGAGGAGGAAGAGGAGGAGGAGGAGGAGUGAAGAGGAGGAGGAAGAAGAUAAGAGAAUGAAUUAGAUUAGGAAGAGAGAAAGGAAGAAGAAGAAGAAGAAGAAGAAGAAGAAGAGGAAGAAGAGGAAGAGGAGGAGGAGGAGUAGAGGCCUAAGAUAAGAAGAAGAAGAAGAAGAAGAAGAGGAGGAAGAGGAGGAGUAGAGGCCUAAGGGAAGAAGAAGAAGAAGAAGAAGAGGAGGAGAAGGAAGAAGAAGAAGAGAAGGAAGAAGGAAGAAGAAGAAGAGAAGGAAGAAGAAGAGGAGAAGGAGGAGGAAGAGGAAGAGUAGAGACCUAAGACAAGAAGAAGACGACAACAACAACAACAACAACAACAACAACAACAACAACAACAACAAAAACAAGAUGGCGGGUCAAGACAGCAAGGCGCCAUUACGAGAGGUCAAGAAAGUUCAAUUUGGAAUCCUAAGCCCAGAUGAAAUUAGACGUAUGUCAGUCACAGAAGGAGGCGUCCGGUACUCCGAGAUCUAUGAAAACGGGCGACCUAAACUGGGGGGACUUAUGGACCCGCGCCAGGGGUGUCUGGACCGCCACACUCGCUGUACCACGUGCGCGGGCAACAUGGCGGACUGUCCCGGGCAUUUUGGGCACCUUGAGUUGGCUAAACCAGUUUUUCAUGUGGGUUUUCUGGCCAAGACGAUGAAGGUGCUGCGCUGUGUGUGUUUCUACUGCAGUAAACUGAAAUACAAUGCGCAACACCCCAAGAUCAGGGAGAUUGUCACCAAGUCAAAAGGACAGCCAAGGAAAAGACUACAUCAUGUUUACAGUCUGUGCAAACCAAGGAUGAUCUGCGAGGGGGGGGAUGAGGUGGACCUACCCCCGCCCCCCACCCACCCCCACGAUGACCCCCACGCCCCCCAGCAGCCCCCUCCGCCCCCUCAGGCUUCAGGGACGCCCUUUAAGAAGUCUGGGUCCCAUGGAGGCUGUGGAAGGUACCAGCCAAACAUUAAACGCGUGGGUGUAGAUUUAAUGGCGGAAUGGAAGCAUUUGAACGAAGACACCCAGGAGAGAAAGAUCACCUUGUCUGCCGAGAGAGUCCACGAGAUUCUCCGCCAUAUUUCAGACGAGGAAUGCUACUUGUUAGGAAUGGACCCCAGAUACGCGAGGCCAGACUGGAUGAUCUUAACAAUUCUCCCAGUACCUCCCCUUCCGGUACGCCCAUCUGUCGUGAUGUACGGGUCAGCGCGGAACCAAGACGACCUAACACACAAACUGGGUGACAUAAUUAAGUCCAAUAAUGAACUACUACAUAAUGAACAAGGUGGAGCAGCUGCACACAUUAUCUUGGAGAACAUUAAAAGCCUACAGUUUCACGUGUCGACUUUGACUGAUAACGACAUCCCAGGCCUCCCGCGGGCGCUGCAGAAAUCUGGGCGCCCUCUUAAGGCCAUCAAGGCGCGGCUCAAGGGCAAGGAAGGCAGGAUUCGUGGGAAUUUAAUGGGAAAAAGAGUCGAUUUUUCAGCUAGAACGGUGAUUACAGCAGAUCCCAACCUAAGGAUAGAUCAAGUUGGGAUUCCUCGCUCCAUUGCACAGAACCUUACGUAUCCGGAGAUUGUGACGCCCUUCAAUAUGACCAAGAUGAUGGAGCUUGUUCGCCGCGGUAACAGCCAGUACCCGGGUGCCAAGUACAUUGUGAGGGAAAAUGGCGCCCGUAUUGACCUCCGUUACCACCCAAAGCCCUCUGACCUCCACCUGCAAUGUGGUUACAAGGUGGAACGUCACAUUACGGACGGAGACCUUAUUAUCUUCAACAGGCAACCCACGCUUCAUAAGAUGUCCAUGAUGGGCCACAAGGUCAAGGUUCUGCCAUGGUCGACCUUCCGUAUGAAUCUCUCAGUGACCUCUCCUUACAACGCUGACUUUGACGGUGACGAGAUGAACUUACACGUUCCUCAAAGCAUGGAGACUCGGGCUGAAAUUGAGAACCUUCAUUUGACCCCUCGGAUGGUGGUGACGCCCCAAAGUAACCGCCCCGUCAUGGGAAUUGUCCAAGACACCCUCACAGCUGUCAGGAAGAUGACCAAGAGAGAUGCUUUCCUAGAUAAGGGCGAAAUGAUGAAUCUUUUAAUGUUCCUACCGACUUGGGACGGUCUAAUGCCCCACCCAACCAUCUUGAAGCCCCGGCCGCUGUGGACAGGCAAGCAACUCUUCUCCCUUAUCAUUCCCGGCAAUAUUAACUUGGUGAAGACCCACGCAGCGCACCCAGAUGACGAGGAUGACGGGCCCUACAAGUGGAUUUCCCCGGGAGACACGAAGGUUCUUGUGGAGCACGGAGAACUGGUGAUGGGUAUUCUGUGCAAGAAGACCCUGGGCGCCUCCUCUGGGUCCAUGAUGCACGUGGCUUGGAUGGAGUUAGGUCACGAGAUAGCUGGAAGGUUCUACGGCAACAUUCAGACGGUGGUGAACAAUUGGCUGCUUCUGGAGGGGCACUCUAUUGGUAUAGGGGACACCAUCUCUGACCCAAACACCUACAGGGUCAUCCAGGACACCAUUCGAAAAGCCAAAGAAGAUGUUAUUGACGUGAUCCACAAGGCCCACAAUGAUGAACUGGAACCUACCCCGGGCAACACACUCAGACAGACCUUCGAAAACCAAGUCAACAGGAUCUUGAACGACGCCAGGGACAAAACAGGUGGAUCAGCCAAGAAGUCGUUAACGGAGUACAACAACCUGAAGGCGAUGGUGGUGGCGGGAUCAAAGGGUUCAAAUAUCAAUAUCUCGCAGGUUAUAGCAUGUGUGGGCCAACAGAACGUGGAAGGAAAAAGAAUUCCAUUUGGCUUCCGGAAACGCACUCUGCCUCACUUCAUAAAGGAUGAUUAUGGACCAGAAUCACGUGGCUUUGUUGAGAAUUCUUACCUUGCCGGCUUGACCCCUUCAGAAUUUUACUUUCACGCCAUGGGGGGCCGCGAGGGGCUCAUAGACACAGCGGUGAAGACGGCAGAGACCGGGUACAUCCAGCGGAGACUCAUUAAAGCUAUGGAGAGCGUUAUGGUGAACUACGAUGGCACAGUUCGAAAUAGUGUAGGACAAGUUAUUCAGUUAAGGUACGGGGAAGAUGGACUGGCAGGAGAAUUUGUCGAAUUUCAGUCUCUCCCUUUAAUUAAGCUUUCAAAUAGGCGUUUUGAAGAUAAUUACAAGUUUGACCUUGGUAAUGAGAGGUACUUGAGGCGUCUGUUUACUGACGGUGUGGUAAGGGAGAUCUUAGGCUCCCCAACGGCUAUAUCCACGCUGGAGGAGGAAUGGAAGAGGCUCCAGGAAGACAGAAAAGCCUUGCGGGAGAUCUUUCCAAAGGGGGAUACUAAGGUCGUCCUCCCUUGCAACUUAGAGAGAAUGAUUUGGAACGUUCAGAAGAUAUUCCACAUCAACAAACGCAACCCUACUGACUUAUCGCCACUAAAAGUCGUAGAAAGCAUUAAAGACAUGUUCUCCCGUUGUGUGGUGGUAUCUGGCAACGACCCCAUCAGCAAGCAAGCCAACGCCAACGCUACGCUCCUCUUCCAGUGUUUAGUACGCGCCACACUGUGCACGAAGAAGGUCGCAGAGGAGCACAGGCUGUCUCUGGAGGCCUUCAGUUGGCUCAUAGGAGAAAUUGAGACUCGAUUUUCACAUGCUAUUGCCAGCCCCGGGGAGAUGGUAGGUGCCCUGGCAGCGCAGUCACUCGGAGAACCAGCCACGCAAAUGACCUUAAACACCUUUCAUUUUGCGGGCGUGUCGUCAAAGAAUGUGACCUUGGGUGUGCCGAGGCUGAAAGAGAUCAUAAAUAUAUCUAAGAGACCCAAGGCGCCCUCCCUCACGGUGUUCCUUGUGGGCGCAGCAGCCAGAGACGCGGAGAAGGCCAAGAACGUGUUGUGUAGACUGGAACACACCACACUAAGGAAGGUAACGUCCAAUACAGCCAUCUAUUAUGACCCUGACCCGCAGAACACCGUGGUUAUUGAAGACCAAGAGUUUGUUAACGUGUAUUAUGAGAUGCCUGAUUUCGAUGUGUCCAGAAUCUCCCCUUGGCUACUUAGAAUUGAACUCGACAGGAAGAAGAUGACUGACCGCAAGUUAACGAUGGAACAAAUUUCACAAAAGAUUAAUUCUGGCUUCGGCGACGACCUCAACUGUAUCUACAAUGAUGACAACGCUGAGAAACUGGUCUUGAGGAUCAGAAUCAUUGUGGGUGAUGAUAAACUGGGAGCUGAAGACACCGAAGAACAGGUAGACAAAAUGGAGGAUGACACGUUUCUGCGCUGCAUCGAGGCUAACAUGCUGAACGACCUGACCUUGCAGGGCGUGGACACCAUUUCAAAAGUAUACAUGCACCUCCCACAGACGGACGAGAAGAAAAGGGUGAUUAUCAACGAAGCUGGGGAGUUUAAGGCUGUGGCUGAAUGGCUGCUUGAGACAGACGGCACGGCGCUAAUGACUGUGCUGAGCGAGAGACACGUUGACCCAAUCCGCACGACCUCCAAUGAUAUCUUAGAGGUUUUCAAUGUCCUAGGGAUUGAAGCUGUGAGAAAGAGUAUUGAAAAGGAGAUGAAUGCUGUUCUUAUGUUUUACGGUCUCUACGUGAACUACAGACACCUGGCCCUGCUCUGCGACGUGAUGACCAGCAAGGGACACCUCAUGGCCAUCACCCGACACGGCAUCAAUCGCCAGGACACAGGGGCGCUCAUGAAAUGUUCCUUUGAAGAGUCUGUUGAUGUUCUAAUGGAGGCGGCCGCAGCAGCUGAGGUAGACCCUGUUCGAGGAGUGUCCGAGGCGAUCAUGUUAGGACAGCUCCCCAGGUUAGGUACGGGCGCCUUCCACCUCCUCCUUGAUGAUGAGAAGUGCAAGUUAGGUAUGGAGGUGCCAAUGCCAGGGGUGUCUCUCUUACCUAACCUCCCCACCGCCUCCCGAUCUCCGUCUUCCUCCCCGUCGCACACCCCCUGGACAGCUAACACCCCAGCCAUGUCUCCCUUUGGUGGGGACCCCCGGGGAGGCCUCACCCCCAGCGGCCCUGUCUUCUCCCCAGCCCCCACCAUUGACACCCCAGGGUACUCCCCAGCCUGGUCCCCCCAACCUGGCUCCCCCGGCUCCCCUGUGGCCAGCCCCUACUUCCCCUCCCCAGGCCUCUCCCCAUCUUACUGCCCCUCCUCCCCAGCCUACCAGCCGGCCUCCCCAAGCCUCACCCCAGCCAGCCCCACCUACUCCCCAACCAGCCCUACCUACUCCCCAACGUCACCCCAGUACUCCCCUACCAGCCCCUCCUACUCCCCUACCUCCCCCUCUUACUCCCCUACCUCCCCCUCUUACUCCCCUACCUCCCCUUCCUACUCCCCAACCAGCCCCUCCUACUCCCCAACCAGCCCCUCUUACUCCCCAACCAGCCCCUCCUACUCCCCUACCUCCCCCUCCUACUCCCCAACCAGCCCCUCCUACUCCCCAACCUCCCCCUCCUACUCCCCUACCUCCCCCUCUUACUCCCCAACCAGCCCAUCUUACUCCCCAACCUCCCCCUCCUACUCCCCUACCUCCCCCUCCUACUCCCCAACCUCCCCCUCUUACUCCCCAACCUCCCCAAGCUAUGUUUGCAAUUAUUCCACUUCCUCCCCCGGUUACUCCCCAACCAGCCCCUCUUACUCCCCCACCAGCCCCUCCUACUCCCCCUCCUCCCCCCAGUACUCCCCAGCCUCCCCCACUUACUCCCCAACUAGCCCAAAAUACUCCCCCACCAGCCCCUCCUACUCCCCAACCUCCCCCACCUACUCCCCAGGCUCCUCUUACUCCCCCACCUCCCCAAAGUACUCUCCCACCUCCCCCUCUUACUCCCCCACCUCCCCCUCCUACUCCCCCACCUCCCCCAAAUACUCCCCAACCUCCCCUUCUUACUCCCCCACCUCCCCCUCUUACUCCCCAACCUCCCCCACUUACUCCCCAACCUCCCCUAAGUAUUCACCCACCUCCCCCUCCUACUCCCCUAGCACCCCUGGCUACUCCCCAUCCUCCCCCACCUACUCCCCUAGUCUUAAGGGAGGGGAGGCGGGGAGGAGGUGCAGGAGGAAGAGGAGGAGGAGGAGGUCAAGAGGAAGAAGAAGAGGAAGAUGAAGAAGUAGAGAGGAGGAGGAGGAGGAGGAGGAGGAGGAGGAGGAGAAGGAAGAGGAAGAUGAAG